CCCCCGGUCGGGGUUGCAAGCUAUCUUCAUCACCUGAUGACGGAGGAAGACCGGGCUGCAACCGAGGCUGUAGAUUGGACAUGCCUUUUCAACGAAGCCCAACAGGCGCAGCUCAAGGCAUCGGUGCUAUAUCACUCGAUGUUCCUCCGGAUCAAGGACCAAAUGGAGACGGAGCGAGAGGGGCGCCGGGUCCUUGAAGAAAAGCUGCUAGAAAGCCGGACCGGAUUGGACCUUUUGAACAAAGAGCACGCGUCCUGUGCUAUCCGGCUGGAGGAAGCGAAGAAAGAGCUUGGUUAUAAGCUAAGGGGGGUGCAAGCCGAGCUUAAUCGGGUUAAGGCCGAGCUUGACGAGAGCAGAGCCGAACUUGAUGAGAACAAAGCCGAACUGGAAGCCCGGGUGCAACAGUUGGAGUCGGAGAAGACUUCCCUUCGGAAAGAGGUUGCGAACUUGACGUUGGCCAAUGAGGCUCGAGUCCUUGAAAUUGAGCUAUGGACCAAUCGAUUUCAGGAAGCUGAGGCUAAAGUUUCCCAAGCCGAGGAGACUGCCAACGAUCUGGUGGCCCAAUAUAGGGCCGAUGCUGAUGCGGCCAACCAGCAGUCAAGAAUGUUUGCCGAAUAUGCGAAGUGGUUUUACAAGACAGUCCCCGAGUGA